GUCACCGGGAGGAGAUGAUUCUGCAGGCGGGAGUGAUGGCGAUGAUGCACCGACACCGGAGCGGCGGAUUCCUGCAGACACCGACAAAGUGCAUCAAAAACCCGCAACCGACGGCGAGCCGCUGCGAUCAGCGCCUCCUCACCGACGCGCAACCGGAUUUCCACACCGAUCCGUGAUCCAAAGCAGCCUCCAGUCACACUCCAACUCGUCCCCGGGAUGAGGGCCGCCAGCUUCGAACCGAGCCUGCGUCUUCUUUGUGCACGUCCGCCGGUUCCGACGUGAACGCGCAGCGUGUUGUGCGCAGCGGACCACGCGCGAUCGGGGACGAUGGUGGUCCGGUGUUACCGGAGCAAGCUGCCGGUGUGGGCCGCGCUGUGCGUGCUGGUACUCGGCUGGUUCUACAUCUUCCCCGUCUACAGGCUCCCACGCGACAAAGAGAUCGUGGACGAGGUGCUGAGGCAGGGACACGGGUGGGAGAAGAACCAGACUGGCAUCGAUCUGUACAGAAAGCUGCUGUCUGAAUGCUGCGAGCCGCGGAGGAUGUUUGCAGUGACCAAGGAGAACUCUCCCGUGGGGAAAGUCCUCUGGUACGAUGGGGAAUUCUACCACUCCCACACCGUCAACAACGAGACCUACUCCCUCUUUGUACAGGACAACCCUCUGCACCUGCUGCUGAAGAAAUGCGCAGUGGUGGGAAAUGGUGGCAUCCUCAGGCACAGCGGAUGCGGGCGGGACAUCGACCAGGCCGACUUCAUCAUGCGGUGUAAUCUUCCACCACUUUCAAAGGAAUAUGUGGACGAUGUGGGAACCAGAACUCACAUGGUGACAGCCAACCCCAGCAUCAUAGAGAAAAGAUUCCAGAACCUUCUGUGGUCGAGAAAAGCCUUCGUGGACAGCGUGAAGGUUUACGGUUCCAGCUACAUGUACAUGCCCGCCUUCUCCAUGAAGCCGGGCACGGACCCAUCACUGCGGGCAUAUUACGCUCUGGCCGACACCUCCUCCAACCUCACCGUGCUCUUUGCCAACCCGGAAUUCCUGCGCUCGGUGGGAAAAUUCUGGAAGGCCAGCGGCGUGCACGCCAAACGCCUCUCCACGGGGCUCUUCCUGGUGAGCCUGGCAUUGGCGCUGUGCGAAGAAGUGACGGCCUACGGCUUCUGGCCGUUUUCCGUUGGCCUGGACGAGAAACCGGUCAGCCAUCAUUACUAUGACAACAUCCUGCCCUACAAGUGGUUCCACGCCAUGCCGGAGGAGUUUGUGCAGCUUUGGCACCUGCACAAAAGCGGUACGCUGCGCGUGCGCGUGGGACGGUGCUCCCCUCAGGAUGGGAGGAGUUAGAGCGCACCAAGCAGCAGUCCGUCGGAGCCAAACAUGCUGCUGGAAGCAAAUAAAGAUGCAGGAUACUUGUUGUCCUGACGAACGCGUGUGCACGUGUAUGCACCCUGCUGUCCCUGCUUCUAAUCCCUAAUUACCAUGAGAAUGUCCUGCACUCAGACCAGCAGCAUCAGGGACGUAACCAACGGCACUCAAAGAAAAACAUUCACUCUUUCCCAAUUUGCCAUAUCGCCAUUCCAGAUUUCCAAUGAUGUAUAUGCACUGAUCUUAUUUUUUUAUGCCUCAACUGGGACUAACAGCUAUAAAAGUAUCAGGGGUCUUAUGGGUAGGGGGUUUUUUUGUCUUUCUUGUGCUGAAUACUGUAUCUGACUGACAUAUGGGGCAGCUGGACCAAACCUCCCCCUCCGAGUCUUUUGUGAAGCAGAUAGAAGGAGCGGUGGACAGGGGGUGGGGAAAAAUAAAAUGCACUGAAAGUGCUCAGCAAUACGAGGAACAAGAGCCCCAUAAUGGUGUCCUGGUCUCUGCUUUGAAUAGGAUUGAAAUUUACUAGCGAAGAACGGUGACACAGAACACUGGCUGCAAUGAAACGCUGCUUUUCCGCAACAAAAGCACUUGAUUGGCAUUUUUUAGUGCCAAAUACAGCUUUAGUUCAAAAAUGG